AGAAAGUUUUUUUAUGAGUUAAUUAAGCUUUUUCUCUUGUUUUGAUUGUAGAUCUUGCAGAUAAUAAGAGUGAGAGAUUAAUUAUUAGAUCAAGGGUUAAUUAAUAAUAAUUAAUAAUGGGGAGAGGUAAGAUUGUGAUAAGAAGGAUUGACAAUUCAACAAGUAGACAAGUAACUUUCUCAAAGAGAAGAAAUGGUUUACUUAAGAAGGCUAAAGAGCUUUCUAUUCUAUGUGAUGCUCAAGUUGGUCUUAUUAUUUUCUCAAGUACUGGCAAGCUUUAUGACUAUUCAAGUUCCAGCAUGAAAUGUGUUAUUGAGCGUUACAACAAAAUGAAAGAGGAACAUAAUCAAUUAUUGAAUCCUGCUUCAGAAGUAAAGUUUUGGCAAAGGGAGGCAUCAACACUUAGGAACCAACUACAAUAUUUGCAAGAAUGUCACAGACAUUUAAUGGGGGAGGAACUUUCUAACUUGAGUGCCACUGAUCUGCAAAAUCUAGAAAACCAACUUGAAAUGAGUUUGAAAAGUAUUCGUGCCAAAAAGGUAUGUACACUUUAGCCCUACGCUAUGUUUGGAAGUUAGGUUUUAGUGAGAAAGAAAGAAAAUGUAGA